UUUGAAUUCAUUCACUGUAUUCAUAAUUGCAAUGACUUUUUCAUUAUAUUUAAUUGUGAGUCAGGCUUCGAGUAAAGACGUGCAGAGGUUUAUGAAUCACACGGACAAACAAAUAUUAGACGAUUUACUGAACCCAAACAAUUAUGAUCACCGUAUGAGACCGGCCCUCAAAACAAUAGUGAAUGUGAGUGUCUUAUUGCUGACCCUAUCCUCACCGGACGAGUCGAGUGUGACCUAUGAGAUAGGAUUCCUGAUGCUCCACAUGUGGGACGACCCCAGAAUACAGUUCCAAGACGGCGGUCGACAUAAAUAUUUGAAUGCAUUAAUGCACGCAGAGAUGCUAUGGAUGCCGGACACGUAUUUCAUAAAACACGGCGAAUUCAAGUACCCUCUCGACCGCUUCGAUCCGAUUCACAUCUCUUUAAAAAUAUAUCCAAACGGGACAGUCAUAUACGUGACGANCACGCUAUCGGCGACCCAUAUAUUCGGGGAUUAUAUCUAUUGGACGGACAAUAGAAACGAUUCAAUACUUCGCGUCAAUAUGAGAGACACGAGUGAAGCGCCGGCAGUCGAAGUGGUCGUCCAAUCGGGGGUUGAUAUCAAUGCGAUGAAGAUUUACCACAAGUCUGUCCAACCGUUGGGAACCAAUAAAUGUGUCCAUCAUUUAUGUCCACAACUGUGUCUGCCCUCCAGUUAUCACGAGACGCAAUACACGUGCGGUUGUCUACCGUUUCACACAUGGGAUGGGAAUACCUGUUCCAUUGAUGUCCAAUGUUUUGGCAAAAUUCAGAAGAAGUAG